CAGGCGGCAGUGCUCAAUGUCUGCCAAUGGAGGGGCCAAUCGCGAUGGUCCAAUCUGUGAUCUUGUGGGAUGCGAGCUUUUUCAGAUUGAAUUUCCAAGCCAUGAAAACCUUCCGGUCGGAUCGCAAACGACGUCUACACGCAAAUACAAACAUUGGUUCCACAGACCUCCGAUUCCUUACGGUGUCAUGUGUCUUAGCUGCAUAUGGACCAUGCCCAUGGGGUCCCCGCGUUGUGGCCAAAUUUAAAGUGCGGAUUGGACCGGGUCGUUGAAGCUGGUAGACAUUAUAUAAAGACCCAGCACGCAACCACUACACAUUCCCAUCAUCACAGUCAAAGAUGCCUCUCUUCGAGAAGGGACACUUCCAGCACGUCUUCAUCCAGCCCAAGGGCGAAUACGUCAACGACAAGGGCGAAACAGUUCAUGGUCGCAUUCCCAGGGACGUCUUGCCAAAUCCCAUUGCUUUGUGCCGCAAGUUGACAUGGUCUAACUGGCUCUACUUCAUUGUCGGUUUAGCGGCCUGGACAAUGGACGGCUACGACUUCCAUUGUGUGUCAUUGUCAGUAUCGCGUCUUGCCACCGAGUUUGGGGUCGGUCGAGAGAAAAUCUCCGAGUCCAUCACCCUCACGCUCCUUUUCCGCACAGUCGGUGCUGCUGUCUUUGGUAUCGCUGGUGACGUCUUUGGACGCAAGUGGGCCCUGAUCGUCAACCUCAUUGUCAUUGCAGUCCUUCAAGUUGGAACAGCAUACGCUUUUGACUUCAACACUUUCCUCGCGGUACGUGCUCUGUUCGGCAUCGGCAUGGGAGGUAUCUGGGCUCUGUCUGCUGCAAUGGCGCUUGAGAAUAUGCCUGUGGAGUGUCGUGGACUGUUCUCUGGUGUCCUUCAGCAGGGUUAUGCCCUGGGCUACCUCAUCGCUGCCGUUUUCAACCUAUACAUCGUUCCAAUUUCGCCUCACAAGCACCGCGCGCUAUUCUACAUUGGAGCAGGUCUGACUGGUGCGGUUGCUAUCGCCCGUCUUGCCUUCCCAGAGUCUCGUCAAUUCAUCGAGGCAAAGGAGCAUGGCCAGACCGGUGGCAAGAAGAAAAUGAAGGCCUUUAUUACCGAGGGAAAAGUUGCACUCAAAACUGAAUGGAAGCGAGUCAUCUACUGCUCUCUGCUCAUGGCUGCCUUCAACUUCAUGUCCCACUCGUCUCAGGAUCUUUAUCCAACUUUCCUUCAACAGGGCAAAGCUUUCAGCGCUGCUCAAGCAUCUAGGGCUACUAUCAUCGCCAAGACUGGUUGCAUCGUCGGCGGUUGUGUUGUCGGCUACCUUUCCCAGCGAUACGGUCGUCGUGCGUCUAUUUUCUGGUCUGCCAUUCUCGGCUGCUGUUUCAUUCCACUCUGGGUCAUCCCACAGUCUUGGGGUGCUCUCGUCGCUGGUGCCUUCCUCUUGCAGUUCUGCGUUCAAGGUGCCUUUGGCGUUGUUCCCAUCCACCUGUCUGAACUCUCGCCUGAAGCCUUCCGUGCCACUUUCCCAGGUAUCACCUACCAAAUCGGAAACAUGAUCUCUUCGCCAGCUGCUCAAAUUCUCACCACCAUUGCUGAGAAGAACAAGGUCCGAUACAGGGGAAAGCUCGUACCGGGAUACGCUGCGACUCAGGGAGUCAUGCAGGCCAUCAUCUUCCUUUCUGUGGCUGGCCUUGCCAUCAUUGGUCCAGAGUUCAAGGGUCGCCAAUUCGAGAAGGCGCGUGCACUUGGAGACAGUGUUGCUGCCGAGAAACUUGCUGAGCUGGAUGAGCUGGAGCGCUCAGACAGUGAGGGCCAGAAGGCGCCCCAGUAUGUCCACAAGGAGAUGAAGUGAUAGCCAAGUUCUUGUACAUAUAUUUUCAAUAGAUUACUUCUGAUCUGGUAUCAAUCGUCUUGUGAGGCUACAAGUGCUGCGCAAGGGUGGCCGGGAUUGCCAAAGCUCACCUGUCGUCCUUGUGUCAUCUGAAUGUCGUUGAUCAGGCUCUCCAUCGACCGACACCUCCAAGCCAUUGACCCCAAUCCCCUGCUGGCCAGG